ACGCCCCCCAGCGACCGAGAGGUUGGUUGCGCGGACGCCGGGGAAGGAGACGCUGCCCUUCCGCAGCUAUGGGAUCCCGGCUCUGUGGAGGGACCCUCUGGUGUGCGUAUCCCUGUCUUGCUGGGGCGUGGAUGGUGCCCAUGACCCAGCCAGCAACCAGUUGAAGACGUUGUCUUUGGAAGCACUUGGCCCCGAGGGCUUCUGCCCGGGGUGCUGGUCCUGCCAUGGCGUUCCGGAGGACGGAGGGCAUGUCCAUGAUCCAAGCCCUGGCCAUGACGGUGGCCGAGAUCCCUGUGUUCCUGUACACGACGUUUGGGCAGUCUGCUUUCUCGCAGCUGCGGUUGACACCAGGCCUGCGGAAGGUUCUCUUUGCCACGGCCCUGGGGACCGUGGCCUUGGCCCUGGCUGCCCACCAGCUGAAGAGGCGACGGCGGAGGAAGAAGCAGGUCGGGCCCGAGACGGGAGGCGAACACCUGGGUAGCGUGCCCCUUCCCGUCCCCAUGGCCAGGAAGGUCCCGUCGGUGAAGAAAGGCUACUCCAGCCGGAGGGUACAGAGCCCCAGUAGCAAGAGCAAUGACACCCUGAGUGGCAUCUCCUCCAUCGAGCCCAGCAAGCACUCAGGCUCCUCCCACAGCUUGGCCUCGAUGGUGGCGGUGAACUCAUCCAGUCCCACUGCUGCGUGCUCGGGAACAUGGGACACCAGAGGGAUGGAAGAGUCUGUGACCACCAGCGACGGCAACGCCGAGAGCCUCUACAUGCAAGGCAUGGAGCUGUUUGAGGAGGCUCUGCAGAAAUGGGAGCAAGCACUGAGCGUGGGGCAGAGGGGGGACGGUGGCAGCACCCCCACACCGGGGGACGGUCUCCGGAACCCCGAGACUGCUUCAGAGGCAUUGUCUGAGCCGGAGUCACAGCGAAGAGAGUUUGCGGAGAAGCUGGAGUCCCUGCUGCACCGCGCCUACCACCUGCAGGAGGAGUUUGGGUCCACCUUCCCGUCUGACAGCAUGCUGUUGGACCUCGAGCGGACCCUCAUGCUGCCCCUGACCGAGGGCUCGCUGCGUCUACGGGCAGAUGAUGAGGACAGCCUGACCUCAGAGGAUUCCUUCUUUUCUGCCACCGAGCUCUUUGAGUCCCUGCAGGUCGGAGAUUACCUGCUGUCACUCUCCAGGCCCGCUGCUGCCUAUGAGGAGGCCCUGCAGCUGGUGAAAGAGGGGAAAGUGCUCUGCCGAACCCUCAGGACAGAGCUACUGGGCUGCUACAGUGACCAGGACUUUUUGGCCAAGCUGCAUUGUGUGCGGCAGGCCUUUGAGGGCCUUCUGGAAGACCAGAGUAACCAGCUCUUCUUCGGGGAGGUUGGCCGGCAGAUGGUGACAGGCCUAAUGACCAAGGCUGAGAAGAGCCCCAAAGGCUUCUUGGAGAGCUACGAGGAAAUGCUGAGCUAUGCCCUGCGGCCGGAGACCUGGGCCACCACACGGCUGGAGCUGGAGGGCCGCGGGGUGGUGUGCAUGAGCUUCUUCGACAUCGUCCUGGACUUCAUCCUCAUGGACGCCUUCGAGGACCUGGAGAACCCCCCGUCCUCGGUGCUCGCCGUCCUAAGGAACCGCUGGCUGUCGGACAGCUUCAAGGAGACGGCCCUGGCCACUGCUUGCUGGUCGGUUCUCAAAGCCAAGAGGAGGCUACUGAUGGUGCCCGAUGGCUUCAUCUCCCAUUUCUACUCCGUAUCGGAGCACGUUAGCCCCGUCCUGGCCUUCGGCUUCCUCGGACCCAAGCCCCAGCUCGCUGAAGUCUGUGCUUUCUUCAAGCACCAGAUCGUGCAGUACCUGAGGGACAUGUUCGACCUGGACAACGUGCGCUACACCUCAGUGCCAGCGCUGGCAGACGACAUCCUGCAGCUGUCCCGGCGCCGCAGUGAGAUCCUGCUCGGCUACCUGGGGGCGCCGGGGGCCAGCAGCGUGGGCCUUAACGGCGAGCUACCCCGAGGGAACGGCCCCAUGGAGGAGCUGGAGUAGUGACGGGCACAGGCUGGGGAGGGGUGGCUGCCAGGGCCUCGUCCACGCAGGUGAUGGCAGACAGAAGGCACCCGCUCCCUCCUUUGAGUUGACAUGGAAGGGCCUGGGCGUCUGUGGCCAUCAGCCGCGGCAGAGCCCAGGCCAUGGUGGCUAAAGGCAGUUGCCCAUGACCCUGGCCCCCUCAUCAUCUGGGGAUCCCCAAGGCCUGGGGGACAAACUUCCUUGGAGAGGGAUGGAGCUGGUAGCGGCCUGCCUGACUGCCCUCAACUGUACCUGGGGAAACAGGCUGAACCAGUGGCCAGUGGGGCCUGAGGGAGAGGAAGGUAGUGAGAGAGACAGAGGAAGGUGUGAGGAGAACUGGGAAAGGCAGAGCUGGGAUGCCCUGGGUGGGGGACCCCAAAACCUCCCACCAUCCCAGGGCUGCUGACAAGUGGGGCUGGGGGGUGGAGGAGAAAGAUGGGGGUGGCAGGGCUCUGUGGUGAAGGUCACCGAUGCCCCAAGCCUGAAGGAACUGGGCUGGACAGUCUCAGAAUCCAUGCAUCUGGCUGUCCAAUCCUGACGACUGCUCACCCCCGCCAUCACCUAGAGAGUUUGCAACAACAGAGAGGGAGGUUGGCGGCCUCGGAGUGGGGCUGGGGGCAUGGUGGUGGGCAGCAGGCUUGGACCAUCAGGAGGUGGGACAGAGGAGGGCGUGCUUUCCUUGUGCCGACAUCUGUGCAAGGACUGGGCCCUUGAGAAACCCGAGCACGAAACCAGGACGCUGUCCUCUGACAUUCCCGUUCCCUGCCAAAGACUGUCAUUGCUCCUCCCACUGCUGCCAUCACCAAAGCCAGAGGAGGUGGGGCUGGUCCCCCUGUGCGCCGCCCCCUCCCCCACCUCCCUCUGUGAACCCGGAACUCCCUGGGUGGCGCUAGGCGCUGAGCGGGAGGUUCUGACCAAGGGUCAGCUCAGGCCUGUCACCUGUGCUGCUGUUGGUGGCCCCAGGAGUGAGGGGCCCAGGGACCACGUCAGGGAGGUCCAAGGGUGUAGCUGAGUGGACCAGCUCCCCAGCCCUCACUAGGACGAGAAACUGCCCAGCACUUAGCCUUCCACUGGAUGCACAAAUGCUCUCGAGCCAUGCAGUGGUCCUCCCCACUGGUCCUCCAGAUGGGCGUGGACAGCACUUGCCCCACGUCAUUUGUCCCCACGUUGCAUGCAGGGUUUGUCAGCCCUGCAGACUCACUUCUCUCACGGUGUUUUCACCUGAGCUGGGAUGUUUUAUUUAUUGCCUUAACACUUUAUUUUGAUGGCUCUGCCCUUGUCCAGGUUGAGAGGCCUGCGAGAGAAACAGACCCCUCCCAGUUCUGUAGUGUCUGGGUUUGGGGGACUGGCUCCUCAGACCAGGGGUUCCUCUCCCUCGAUGGCAAAAGGGUCGCAGGGGUGGGGUGAUUGUGCCCAUUUGGGGCGAGAGGGAG